GUAAUCUACAUACUCAACUUGUUAUACAUACAUCCCUCUAAAAUAAAUAAAAGCAAUGUUUUGUAGUUCUAACUCCAUAGUCCAUAUCAGUCUGUUGAGACCGUGAAUAGUUUUCAGUUUUAUGAAAUAAUACACUUUCAAUGUAAACUAAAAAUAGACAUAGUAUAAAAUUGUCACUAAUUAAUAUUUCAAAAUGUGGGACAUUCUCGGUCUGAUCAUAGCGACCGUCGCCUUGCUCUACUAUCUUUUCAAAAUUUAUCCCCAAGGGAACAACUCAUACUGGCCGAAGCGUGGCGUCAAAGUUGUCCUUCCUUCCGAAGUGGGCUCGUUAUGGGAUCUUAUCACCAAAAAGAAAACAGUAUUUGGCAUGGACCAAGCCUACCAUGAAAAAAUCUCAGCCGAUCCAAACUGCAGAUAUGGAGGCCUUAUGGAAUUUCGUACGCCAUCCUUAAUGAUCGUAGAUCUGGACCUCAUUAAACAAAUCCUCGUCAAAGAUUUCGAUUAUUUUGUGGACCGUCGCAGAGUAAAGUUUGGCAAUGAGCCCAUCUUCACAGAAAUGUUGGUCAUUCUCGAAGGUCAAAAAUGGAAAGAUGUCCGAUCCGUGUUAAGUCCUAGUUUCACCACGGGAAAGAUGAAGCGAAUGUUUGAACAAUUUAACAAAUGUGGGCAAGGUUUUGUGAAAUGUGUUCAAGAUUACCCACUAGACGCGAGUAAUGGUCAUCGCGUUAAUAUUCAAGAGGUCGUUAACCGCUUCACGGUCGAUGUCAUAGGAGCCACGGCCUUCGGAAUGGAUACGAAUGCGCUUAAAGAUAGUAACUCUGACUUCCUCAAAAUGGCAAAUCGUAUCUCGAACAUUACGGUGUGGAGAUUUGUUAAAAAUAUGGCAUUCAUAGUUGUCCCCAAAAUUUGCAAUGUAAUUGGGCUGAGAAUUUUCGAUAAGGACGUGACGGAUUUCUUUUCCAGUAUUUUGCACGGUGCUUUAAAGAACAGAGAAACGACUGGAGAGAAACGCAACGACUUUCUCCAACUCAUGGUCGAAGCCAGAGCAGGAGAAUUGAAAUCGGAGACAGGGGACGAAGAGUUGGACACGUUUGAGAAAGAAGCCAUCCUCAAGGACGAUGGUUCCAGAAAAACGGUCAACAGCAAACAAAUUUUUACUGACAAUCUCACCCUCGCGCAAAGUUUUAUCUUUUUCGUUGCUGGUUUCGACACCGUGGGAGCUCUCCUUAAUUUCGCCGCAUAUCUCAUGGCUGCCCAUCCAGAUGUUCAGGAGAAGCUUUACAAUGAAGUGAAAGCUUCGAUGGAGGAAAGUGACGGGGAAAUUGACUAUGAGACGGUGAGCAGAUUGGAGUACAUGGACAUGUUCAUUUCAGAAAUCUUACGUCGAUAUCCACCAGCCAACCGAUUGGAACGGAGAUGUGUGAAAGAGUAUAAAAUACCAGGAUCUGAUGUUAUCGUCCCGCAAGAUAUGAUCGUUUCCGUCUCUGUCCAAGGGAUUCAUAUGGAUCCAAGGAUCUACCCAGAGCCAGAGAAAUUUGACCCGGAACGGUUCACUCCAGAGAAUAAGGCGAAACGGCACCCUUAUUCUUAUCUGCCGUUUGGGAUGGGGCCACGAAAUUGCAUUGGAAUGAGAUUCGCCCUAAUUGAAGCAAAGGUCGCAAUCGCCUAUUUUGCAUACUAUUUCCAAAUUGAGCCUACUGAAAAAACACCGAUCCCAGUCCAAAUUGAUACCAAAGUGGGAUUAAAUCGGCCGAUUGCCGAUUUGGAGUUGAGAUUCAAUCCGAGAAAUCAUAACUGAAAUCUACACGAAGGAAAGUUGCCAGUGGAUUAAUGAAAGACAUGAUUCUAAGAUUAUGCAGUGAAAUUUUUAAUUCCGAAUUUCUAUGAUAAAGUAUGAUAUAAGUAAUACAUGGUAAUUAUGCAGGUAAUUGCUCACAGGGUUGACCCUUUUCCAUUAAAGCAUACAGUAUAAACCCAAAACUAUUACUUAUUAUUUAGUAUAUGCAUGACGUUCGUGUGAAGUUUUAUUAAGUAUUAAUUAAAAUAUCUUAUAUAAAAAAUAUUUUCAGUCGAUAUUCACUUGUAAUUUUAUUUAUAAACCGAACAUACAAUUCCAUCAGAAAGCCUUAAACAUACUUAGUUACAGCAAUUGUGUAUUAAUCAAAACAUUGCCAAAUUUAUUGAUGCUUAAGAAAGUCAAAAAUGUA